AUGCGAGCACGGUAUUCUCCCUCGAGCGCCUUACUUGACUUUGACAGGGAGAUUCACGCUCCAUCUCUUGUGUCGGAAUCCGGUUUCUUUCUAGGCUCGGAAACACCGCCAUAUUCACUGCCUGGCAUGCCGAACACGAGAACUUCCGGCUGGAAGGUCAAGGGUCUUGACGCUGGCGUACCUGGCGGCGCCGGACAUGUCCCGUUGCAACCGCCGCGUAUGGUCAGCAUGGCUGAUAUCCCUGUCAGCUCUUCGUCUAACGCUGCGGGCUACAUGCAGCCCCCGCUAGGCUUCGCUCAAGCCCCCUCAGACACCGUGACGUCCUUCUUGGCACCUGAUAGCUAUUUAUCAGACCACCGGGCCUCUCCCGUCAGCGACCCCGUUGGAUCUCUCUACGCCUGGUCCAGUGCCUCCGGAGCAGAAAUUUUGCGGCCAGCUAGUUCAUCGGCGAUUGACCCUGUCAUCGCCUCCACCACAGCGUCACCCUUCAUGCAGUCCUACUAUUCCUACGGGCCCUCUGCCGGCUCCAUUACACCUUUGCAAGCCGUCUCCGGAUAUACCCCACAACAGAUCAACAAGUGGUGCAUGGAGAGUGAUCCCUCAGCCGGUUUCUACCAGUCGGCUUCUUCCUAUCCCGCAAUGAGCCCGCUGGCCUUCCCCCCGGCCGACCUUCCGCCGAAUAUCUACCCGUCCAUCCACGAGAACAUGAGCACUGCCGCCGAGCAAUGGUUCUCUCCAAUCCCCAGCUUCGCCGGCCCUUCUACGGCUUCUUCGACCAGUGGACCAGCUCCCGACAGCUUCCUCUCUCCGCCAUCGACCUCCGGUCUCUCUCUCGACUCCUCUCCUGCGCCCACCGUAUCUGACUUUGAACCUUCCUCGAAUCCUCGACCCAACUCUCCCCCCUUCAACCCCGCUGAUCUGUCCCGCUAUGGGAUUCCCGCGGGCGAGGGUGUCUGGCGCUGUGCUCAUCCGGGCUGUACCUCACAGGCCCUGUUCCGCCGUGGGUGUGACCUCCGAAAACACUUCAACCGUCACCGCAAGCACUUGUUCUGUCGGCAUGAGAGCUGCCCCCAAUCGCGGCAGGGUGGGUUCUCCAGCAAGAAAGACCGGGCCCGCCACGAGGCGAAGCAUAACCCCGGUAUCAUCUGCGAAUGGGAAAAUUGUGGACGCGUCUUCAGCCGCACUGACAACAUGAAAGAUCAUGUGCGCCGGAUCCACCGCCGCGGUGGAAGCCGUUAA